CUUUCAACUGUACAUUGGAAAUGCGUCCUUUGAAAUCAUGGCCCUUACCCUUGGCACUAUUAAUAUCUCUCUCCCAUGCAGCACCUAUGAAGAGACAGGCGAGCUCGCCAGCUAUUCCUCAAGAUUUCCCUGACCCAUCUAUCAUCCAUUCGAACAGCAAUUGGUAUGCCUAUGCAACAACGAAUAAUCAGUACAAUGUUCAACUUGCAAAGUCUCCCACCUUCAAUGGUCCCUGGUCGGUUCUAGCCCAAGAUGCACUCCCAACUCUUGCUCCGUGGGCUCAAGGACCAGUUUGGGGGCCUGACGAUGACGGACAGUACAUCAUGUACUACAGUGCUGCACUGAAAGAAUUCACAAGUCAUCAUUGCGUAGGCGCAGCACUCUCAAGCACCCCGGAGGGACCUUUUCAGCCAGUAGGAGACGUGCCCUUGAUCUGCCCAGAUCCAACCGGCCAGGGCACAAACGUUAACCCAACCAUCGCUUCAGCUGGCAUUGGAGGUGCGAUCGAUGCCUCGGGAUUCACGGACAUAGACGGCCAGCGCUAUAUCGUUUACAAGGUCGAUGGCAACUCUCUCGGUUCGGGUGGCUCAUGUGGAAACAGUAAUCCCGGUGCUACACCCACUCCCAUCAUGCUUGUAGCUGUCGACUCUGAUGGAAUCACGCCUCAAGGCUCCCCCAUCCAGCUCCUUGACAGAACGAGUGCUGAUGGUCCUCUCAUUGAGGCCCCUAAUCUGGUUCGAAAUCGCGACGGCACCUAUGCCUUGUUCUUUAGCUCCAAUUGCUAUUCUACGCCAUUCUACGAUGUCACAUGGGCGACGGCAGACUCGGUUACGGGACCCUAUACGCGAGCUGGACCGCUCAUCACGACUGGCGUUGAUGGCCUCACAGCACCUGGUGGUGCGUCCAUUGCAAUUGACGGAGUCCAUAUGGCUUUCCAUGCCGACUAUGGGAAUGGCCGCGCCAUGUUCAUUAAUCGCAUUGCCGGUGGUGGCGACGCCAUACGACUGACGAACUGA